AUGAGGGUUUGCAACAGGGGGAUGAUGAUGCUUCUGACCACAGCGGGGGCUUUCUGUGCAUUCAGCCUCAUGACCAUUGCAGUGGGAACGGACUACUGGCUCUACUCCCGCGGGAUGUGCCGCUCCAAGAACCUGAACGACAAUGAGACCGUCCACAAAAACGAGGAGGUUCUGACCCACUCGGGACUUUGGAGGACCUGUUGCACUGAGGGGAUAUUUCGAGGUGUUUGUAAAGACAUUGAUCACUUUCCUGAUGACGCAGACUACGAGCAGGAUGCAGCAGAGUAUUUACUAAGGGCAGUACGAGCCUCCAGCCUCUUCCCAAUACUCAGCGUGGGACUUCUUUUUCUUGGGGGUUUGUGUGUAGCUGCCAGUGAGUUCUACAAGUCUCGCUACAAUGUCAUUCUCACAGCUGGUAUUCUCUUUGUCUCUGCAGGUCUCAGUAACAUCAUUGGCAUCAUUGUGUACAUAUCAGCCAACUCUGGGGACCCCAGUCAGAGCGACAACAAGAAGAGCUACUCCUACGGUUGGUCGUUUUAUUUUGGAGCUCUGUCUUUUGUGCUGGCCGAGAUGGUGGGUGUCCUGGCAGUACACGUGUUUAUAGAAAAGCACAGGCAGCUUCGCACCAAAGGCCGGCCCUCACUCAUGAAGCCUCCAGUCUCCCGAAACUCUUCAUCAUACCGCAACCGAUACUACUACAACCACAGCAGACGCUAUAGCUACCGCAGCAAUCACAGCACAGCAGACUCAACCUGCCACGGUUACCAAACAUCACUACUACGUGACCAGGAGCCAAGCAUUUCAGCUGAAUCUAAAGUCACCAUGGUGGCUGGUCUGCCUAUGCCAAUGACAAUGGGCUCAGAGUUUAUGCUGUACGCCUUAGCUUCACCGCUAAAGAAGAAUAAGAUUGACUUCGGGGUGGAGGACUUGACAACUGCAGCCCUUCACAACACAGACAUGCUGCCGGGAAACUGUGUGUCCAAUCGAAGAACCACUCCUGUCUGAGCAACACAGGGUUGAUAAGGGACAAAAGACAGUCAUCUCUUGGACCUCUCGACGCGAGCAGAGUGCAGACUUCUUUGUUGAUCAAAUAUUUAUUUCAGAUGCAGACCAGAUCAUUUUUUCUUUGAUUUAUAACAGUAAAGCA